AUGGGUUUUAAAAUACAAUGAACUGUAUGCUUACGCCCGCACUUUCUUGUUGCAUGUGAGCUAUGCAACAACUUUGCAAUAUUUUUUUCGUCAUACUGUAUAUAUUAUAUUCAUCUUAUUAUUUAAUAUAAUGUAUAACAGUUCACGUGUUACAUAUUUUUAUUACAGUCUUCUUCUUACGUUUAUAAUCGGGCUUAAUGGAACUUUUAUUGACUUAAAUCAAGUACAAAACAGUAUUUUACAAUGGAAAAAUCAGAACUUACAAAAUGUUAAUGAGAUAGGAGUUGGCACCAAUGGAAUUUUUGAUUUAAGUGACGUCAAAAAUAAAUUAUUACAAUGGAAAACCCAAAAGUUAGCUGCUUUUUGUCCUACCAAUGGGCCACAAUUGCAAAAUUUAUUAAACAUUGUAUGCAGCACAGCUCAACCAACGAAUGUAACUUUGAGAGAUGGAUGUAUCAACUGUUUCACCAGAGUUACUUCUAUGCCUGAGGGACCUCAAGAAUUAACUGAUCUUGGUGCUUGCGCAACACAGUAUUUCGUUAACACUUCUUAUGCUGCGUGCGCGACAGCUUUGGUCGCUCUAUCAACCUCAGCUUUGAAUGUGCAGCCAUCUGGUUGUUUCAUGGGAUACUGUGACUUUGUACGGUGUCUCAGAAGAACUAACUCCAUUAAUUUGAUUACCCAAUGUACAAGAGAAGCAAGAACAGGAGUGAACAUAACUUUAGAUGCAGACAAUGUGCGAUUUUUUACUAAUGUGACAUCGUGUAUAUUGGCUAAAUCACGGUGCGGUACCUAUAAUCCAAUAACUGGCGAACCUCAAGUACCUGGUUAUUCUACGUCAGGUGCAAGAAUCAGUAACGCUUUGCAAUUUUCAAGUACAGGAGAAUUGAGGAUAUUUGCAUUUUCAGCGACAACACCGGUGAUCAAUUCAUUUUGUACUUCUACCACCAACUUAACUCAGAAUGGCUGGUUAGCAAAUGAUUGCUAAAAAUUAAAUAUGUACCUAUUUGAAAACAGUUA